UUCCAUCCAUGUGAUGGUGAAGCUUCAUGGAAGAAGAAGAUAGAAGCCAUCACCCCUAUAUAUACCCAUGCAACCCUACAAAACAAACUCCAUGCCAAAACACAUAGAUCUCCAUUGCAUGCAUGCAGUACAUUGCUAGCCACAGCUAUAACCCACUAUAGGAGAUUAUUAGUGCACAAUAUCAUCAACAUAAUUGUGUGAUUUUGUGCCAAGUAAAUUGAUCUGAGCUGCAUUCAAUUGGUGGUUCAUUGUUCAUUUUGGUUUAGAAGAUGAAGAAGGCGUCCAGGUUCUUGAAGGGUCUCUUGUCGGCCAUCGUGGCGGCGGUGAAGGCGAGGUCGGCGGCGGUGCGCGCCAAGACGAGCGCCGUGAGGACGCGCCUCAUCGUCUUGGGCAUCCUCCGCAACAAGAAGCUCCUCCUCAGCGCCAUCAACAGGAAGAUCCACGCCAUCGUCAGCAGCGGCGGCGGCGGCGGCAGCAGCCAUGGCGAGUACGGCGGCGGCGGCGAGAGCUAUGGCGGCGAGCAGCAGCAGCACCUGAGUGGCAUCCACCUUGUCGGCGGCGGCGGUUACAGGAAGGCCGCCGUGCUGCAUAGCCUGCCGAGCUUCGUGGUGGAGCAGGAGAGGAGCGCCGUCGUGCUGCUCAGCAGCCUGCCGAGCUUCGCCAUGGACAGGGACGUCUACGGCGGCGGCGGCGAGGCGGAGGCGGAGGAGGAGCAAGGAGUGGGUGGGAAGCAGCAGCAGCAGUCGGUGAUCGAGCUGGCGCGCGGCGCGGCCGCUGCGGAGGCAGGCGGCGGCGCGGAGUUCAGGCUGGAGGACGAAAUCGACCACGUCGCCGACGUAUUCAUCCGGAGGUUCCACGAGCAGAUGAAGCUGCAGAAGCUCGAGUCCUUCAAGAGGCUCUGCGAGAUGCUCGACAGGAGCUAAUUUAAUUUAAACUAAGCCAUCGAUUUAGUGAGAAUUUGCAUGGUACUAAGGCAGAGUCUGAGGGCGUAAUUAGAAUAAGUGACGAUGGAACUAUAUGUAUGUACUCAUGCUCUUUCGUUUUAGAGGAGAAUUGAUGUACCAACACGAGUCCUAAUGAAGGAAUAAGAGAUCAGACUACUUUUUUUUUUGGGAA